AGUAAAAAGAAACAACAAGACGCCAAACUCAAAUCUGUGGGAAUCUUAAGUCUUUGUUGAAUUUCUUGUCCAAUUAACAUUUAAUUAUUUUUUAAUUAACCUAAACAAAACCCUCUCUCUUAUUUUAACAUAACAAAAACAUUCAUUCUUAAUUCUUGUUCUGUUUCUUCUUCUGUUUCAAAUUUUUUCAUCAAAAUGUUCCAACCUCGUUUUCUUCCAUUGUUACUCUGUUUUUUCUUCUUUGUUUCUUUUGUUUCUUCAAUUCGAUUACCUGGUUUGGAAGAAGGAAACAAAAUCACGCGUGGAUCGGUUUUUGGAGCAAAAGUCAAGUUUGAUCCGACACGUGUUACUCAGCUCUCGUGGAGUCCUAGGGCUUUUCUGUAUAAGAAUUUUUUGACUGAUGAAGAAUGUGAUCAUCUUAUUGAAUUGUCGAAGGAUAAGCUGGAGAAGUCUAUGGUGGCGGAUAAUGAAUCUGGUAAAAGUAUACAAAGUGAAGUCAGAACAAGUUCUGGAAUGUUUCUCAACAAGCAACAGGAUGAAAUAGUUUCUGGUAUUGAAGCACGAAUUGCCGCAUGGACAUUCCUUCCCGUAGAGAAUGGCGAGUCUAUGCAAGUAUUACACUACAUGAACGGCGAGAAAUACGAACCACAUUUUGAUUUCUUCCAUGACAAGGCUAAUCAACGACUUGGUGGCCAUCGUGUUGCAACGGUGCUGAUGUAUUUGUCUAAUGUUGAGAAGGGUGGAGAAACCAUUUUUCCUCAUGCUGAGGGGAAGUUGUCUCAGCCAAAAGAUGAGAGCUGGUCAGAAUGUGCUCACAAAGGAUAUGCAGUAAAACCUCGGAAGGGUGACGCCUUGUUGUUCUUCAGUCUUCAUCUAGAUGCAACCACAGAUUCAAAAAGCUUGCAUGGAAGCUGUCCAGUGAUUGAAGGUGAGAAGUGGUCAGCAACAAAGUGGAUUCAUGUUGCCGACUUUGAGAAACCGGUACGACAAGCAUUGGAGGAUAGAGUGUGCGCUGAUGAGAAUGAGAAUUGUGCUAGGUGGGCUAAAGUUGGCGAAUGCGAGAAAAAUCCACUUUAUAUGGUUGGUAAAGGAGGUAAUGGAAAAUGUAUGAAGAGUUGCAAUGUUUGCUCUUCUUAGAGAGGUUAUCAUGGUUUAUGUUAUAAACUAGAAUACAGAGAGAAAUUAAAAGUAUAGAAAAUGUAUUAUUGAAAAUUGAAUAGAAAUGAAGGAGUUCUCCUCUAGGGAUUUUACCCUUUUCCUUUGCAAAUAAAUCUCUCCUUUCACAUUUAA